AUGCCCUACAAAUCCCGCUGGACAAUCGACAUUCCAAAUGCCCAUCUAGCAACCCUCCUCCUUAAAUCCCCAACAGAACCCCUAUCCAAAACCCAACCGUGUUUCCUGGAAGCCGCCCGCCCAGAAUCUCACUACCUAACUCCCCACACCUACCGUCUAUGGAGUCAACGCUUUGCAGCCGGACUCGUCAAAUCCGGUCUGCAGACCGGUGACCGUGUCCUCCUAUAUUCUGGAAAUGACCUGUUCUUCCCAGUCGUCUUCAUGGGUAUAGUAAUGGCAGGCGGAAUCUUCACCGGCGCAAAUCCCACAUACGUCGCCCGUGAGCUCGCUUUCCAGCUAAAAGAUAGCGGAGCAAAGUACCUCCUCUGUGCAGCCGGUAGUCUGGAAACAGGUAUCGAAGCGGCGCGCCUAGCCGGCUUACCCCGUGAGAAAGUAUACGUAUUCGACAGCGGGGUAUAUGAUAAUACCGGUCGAGCAAUGGAGGGAUGUCCCUACUGGGGCGAUCUCCUCGCCUCAGCAGAAGAAGGAGAAAAGUUCACCUGGGAUGAACUUUCGACGCCCGAACUUGCGGAUAGGACGCUAGUCCUCAAUUACUCCAGCGGAACGACCGGGCGUCCGAAAGGCGUGGAGAUCACGCAUAAGAAUUACACGGCCAAUAUGUUUCAGUAUACGCACAUGUUAACGCUGUACCCGGAUUAUGAGGUGCGGAAGGCUCGGAUGCGUUGGUUGUGCUUUUUGCCUAUGUAUCAUGCCAUGGCGCAGACGAUCUUUAUUGCGGGUGCAUUGCAUUUCGGGACACCGGUGUAUAUUAUGCCGAAAUUCGAUUUCGUGAAGAUGUUGGAGUAUACGCAGGCUUUCAGGAUUACGCAUUUGAUUCUGGUGCCGCCGGUCGUGGUCAUGUUGGCUAAGCAUCCCGUUGUGAAGAAGUUUGAUCUGAGUAGUGUGGAGAGCGUGUCUAGUGGAGCGGCGCCUUUGGGGAGGGAGGUUUGUGCUGAUGUGGAGAAGCUUUGGCCUGCUGGGGUUAUCAAUGUUAAGCAGGGGUGGGGGAUGACCGAGGCUACGUGUUCCAUGCUCGGAUGGGAUCCCACGGAAAAAAGUGACUCUGCAUCUGUCGGGGAACCUAAUGCCAACUGCGAGGCGAAGAUCAUGGCGGAUGAGGGUACCGAGAUCGUGGCUCGCAAUCAGCGUGGUGAGUUGUGGGUCCGCGGACAGAAUGUCAUGAAGGGUUACUGGCGGAACCCGACGGCGACUAAGGAGACCAAGACGGACGAUGGUUGGUUGCGAACGGGGGAUAUCGCGUAUGUGGAUGAUCAGGGCAAGUUCCAUGUAGUGGACCGGAUGAAGGAAUUGAUCAAAGUCAAGGGCAACCAGGUGGCUCCCGCCGAACUGGAAGCGCUGCUGUUGGAACAUCCGGCCAUCGCUGAUGUUGCGGUGAUCGGUGUGACAAUUCACCAUGACGAACGUCCACGGGCAUACGUCGUGUUGAAUGCGGGACAAUCAGCUACCAGCGAAGAGAUUACUCGUUUCAUGGACGGGAAGGUCUCGGCAACCAAGCGGAUCACUGGCGGCGUGAUCUUCCUCGAGACGAUCCCCAAGAACCCAUCGGGGAAGAUCCUGCGGACAGUACUACGCGAGCAAGCGCAGGCGGAGCUGAAGGGUGUCACAGCUAAACUCUAG